AUGGACCUCCUCGCCGAACUAGAGGCCAUGGCCCUUAACAUUGCAGAUUUUGACGAGGAGAACUCUGUUUCCGGUGUCGAUGCUGAGCGAUGGCAGCAUCUGUUCGGUUACACACAUACGGAGGCAGUUCGACACCUCGAAGAGUAUCGGAAUGACUACUCACGCACAAGAGUCCCAGAUGACUUUUGGGCCACGGUCCGCACCCAGAAAGAGGCCGAAGGAUAUGAUCGCGAGGCGUACGAAUACUCUCUCACGUACCGCGUCCAGCCCCAGCCUCUCGCAACCCCAGGUCCUGCAAAGAAUGAAUCAGCAUCUGGCAUGUUCAUCGUACAGCUGACAGACCCUCUCGACACCCCCGAAAGUAUCCAGACCGCUGCUGGUCUGGCCAAAACCCCUACACUUCUCCCUGGCACGGGCGAUUCUGGCCAAGCGGGAUUUUGUCAGAUUGAUGGCGGGGCAAAGGCCUCUCUCAUCGCCUGGAUCGCUAAGCAUCAUCCCGGGUUUCAACCCAUGAUUGUCAAAGUGGCCACCAAGGCAAAGAAGAAUCUCUGCUCCACCACCAUGACACCGUACCUCGGCGUGGAGACGCCAAAUGUGCCUCCGUCACCUGCGCAUGACCAGUACCCUGUGUGGUAUUUCUUCUAUGGGACGCUUGCAGACCCCAGCAUCCUAGCCCGGCAGCUUGAACUGGCCGUGGAGCCUGUUCUCACUCCAGCGCAUGUCGAAGGCGGUCACAUUCGAACUUGGGGUGGCAAGUACAGAGCCUUGGUCGAUGGAGCCGGGAAGGUUUUCGGCAGCGCGUUUCUCGUCGAGUCUCGUGAGCACGAGGACGCUCUGUGCUUUUAUGAAACGGACAAGUAUGAGGUUGUCAGAUGUAGCAUUGUCACUGCUGAUGGGAGACUCGACGGUCUGACUUUUCGGUUCGCUGGAACAGAGGAGGAACUGGACUGA